UUUACAAGAGGGAUAUUUUUUUUCUAGUUUUACUGCCAUGGCAAAAUGGUCGCUUUUAUUCUUAUACUUUUUCCAAGGACUAUUUCCCCUCAUCUUUGGGCAGCAGCAGCGCUCAGCUGGCCCCUGGCGGCACCGCAUUCAGUGGGAGAACAACGGGCAGGUUUAUAGUUUAAUGAGCACUGGAUUAGAGUACCAGGCCCCGGUUCGGUCUAGAAGCCAGUCGAGGGUUUAUGUGACUGGCAGGAGGGAUGGCACCAUGAACCAAAUGCCCGGAGCGCACAGAGGAGCGACGCCUGUAAGACCCGAACAGGCUGAGUCCAGACAGUUCAGGACUGAUCACGGUGUGGAGCCAGGAUCAAUUGCACCAGGACAUGAUAUUAGACAGUAUGCGCCUUUUAUUAGUCGUGGUUCAGGGGGCAGGCGGCAGCCUGCGCGCCCGUACGGUGCAGGAGCUGCAGGUUAUCCAGGCGCACGACGCUUUAACCCCGAACACACUAACACUAUCAACGCCUCUGCACCGGGGAGUUUUACAGAUUUACCACGUAGAAGAGGGGUUGUCAGUAUGGAGGCUACAGCACUGCACGCCAGAGAGCCAGGGCCCGGUGCGCAAUACCAACAGUCAGGCGCGGUGCCAGAUGCGACGUCUGUCUCCAGGCAACCGACGCAGAGGGAUCACUCUAUCUCAGCAUAUCCCACAACUGUGGAAAGGGAAUCUGAGGCUCCUGCUCCAUUCCUUGUACCUCGUGAGGAUGUUUCAAACGAGGCAGCCGGUAAUGGAGAGGAUAUGGUUAACGACGACCCUCGAAAUCCCUUUAAAAACCACAGGAAUUCUGUUUUCUAUAACACCUAUCCCACAAGAGGGAGGUCAGUGGCUCGCAUGCGCGUUCCUCCUGGCACAGGAUAUGGAACAAGAUAUUUCCAAAAUGGACUGCCAGACCUUGUGCCAGACCCAUAUGCCAUCCAAGCAGGUGCCUACAUCCAGCGCAUGCAGAUGUAUGCGCUCCGCUGUGCAGCUGAGGAGAACUGUCUAGCCAGGUCGGCUUAUGGACCCGCCGUGAGAGACAUCGACUUCAGAGUACUGCUGCGGUUCCCCCAGAAAGUGAAGAAUCAAGGCACGACUGACUUUCUUCCUGUCAAGCCGAGGCAUCAGUGGGACUGGCACAGCUGCCACCAACACUACCACAGCAUGGACGCCUUCAGUAACUACGACCUACUGGACGUUGUUAAUGGACGUAAAGUGGCUGAGGGACACAAGGCCAGUUUUUGCCUGGAGGACACAGGCUGUGACGCCGGAAUCAGACGGCGGUACGCCUGUACAUCUCAUACACAGGGGCUGAGCCCAGGAUGCCAUGACAUCUACGCUGCCAAUAUCGACUGUCAGUGGAUUGACAUCACUGAUGUGCCUCCAGGAAACUACAUCUUGAAGGUUACUGUCAAUCCCAAUUUCUAUGUCCUGGAGUCAGACUUCUCCAACAACAUAGUGAGAUGUGAUGUCACAUACACAGGAAUUUAUGUUCAGACACGCAACUGUCGAGUAACAAGGGGUUAAAAUCUUCCUUUUCAAGUGCUAUCUGCAGGUAUUUUGCAGCAAACAUCUCUCCCUGUACUGUACAGCAACAUCGACUCUAUGACUUACAAAAAGUGCAAUUGGUAAAGUGUUUAAUUGUAUGUUUACACUAAUUUUGUACAUUAAACUAGUGAGAUCCUCAGAUAUACUUGAUUAUUACUACAAAUGUGCCAUGGUUCUUUUUUGCCUUAACAAAUACAAGUACUUUGUUCAUAUACAUGUCUUUCUGAAUGCUGGUUUAUUGCUUGAAAUGUGUGUAUUGUUGCCACGUGGUGUCUUCGUCUUGUUCAUAUGCUUUGUGUUAUCGUUUUAUCAUUAGUUUUUAAAGUUUUAUUCAAAGGACAAGAUAUGUAUGUUAUUGUCAACAAAUCUCAUGAAAAGACCAAAACCAAAAUCUUCCCACCUGGUCUCUGGCUUUCAGUCCAAGCCCAUUGGUUCCUGAUGAAAACAUAAAUCUUUAAAAAUGGGUCACAAACAGGGCUGCAGUAAGGGAGGGGGCUCUUGGAAGUUAUGAAAUAAAAUGGUGUGUGUUUCCAUUUCUUUUUUGCACCCCUCAGUACAAAUUAAAUGGUUCAGUCCUACCUAGCUGCACCCAUGAGUCAGAAACAUGGAAACUAGCUGACAGUAGGUCUCUACAGAAAGUCAAACUCAAAACACAAAUCAGACUGCCAACAAACGGAAAGACAGGCAGAAAAGGGCUGAAAGGAAGAACAGAGGGCAACAAUUUAUUUCCCACUUUCUGAAAACCUUAAUUGCUAGGCUUAAUGUUGAAGCUGGUCAUAAGAUACUGUGCAAUAAUAACACUCUAGUGAUGUGAUUAACAUUACUAUCUAUUUACAACAUUCUUACAGUCAUUACAUUUUGUUUUUUUUAGCUGAAAUGUAAUCAGUACUUUAAUCAAUAAUCAGCUCUGCCCUCAUCAUGCAGAUGCAGCUCCAGUGAACCCACCAUCAGUCCUUCCUAGUCCUACCCAACUCUCAAUUGAAGGAGAAGAAGGUGAGCAGUAUUUCAUUGAUAGUAGCUAACGUUAGCUAGUUUUCCCCCGAGGUGCCAGUCUUUGGAGUGAAACUUCAAUCCUCCUCUACUUCUCCCAGAGUAGAGAUCAUUCAAAAUAAGUAAUUAUUAUCACAAAAUUAUACAGUAGUAUUAGUAUGCAUAAGUAGUAUGUGCUGACCUGCUCAGUGUCAUCACAAAAAGUUUGAUAGGUGUUUGUACAGCAAUGUAGCCUACAUGGGGGGUUGACAUGGGUGAUCUAUGGAGGUACCCAUGGUCACAAAUAUGUAGUUUCAUUUUUAAAAAAAGACUAAAUAAUUUUUUUAAUCAGCACGGCACUGUUUAUUUCUUUUGCAAAUGUAAUUCAGUAAGUAUUCAUGGUAGGUGUACAGUAUGUGGUAUGAACCUAAAGGAGGAAUAAGCUACAGUAUAUUAGGCUUUGGACACACAGACAAUAUUCGUUAAUAGGAUUAAUUCAUUGCUGGUAUGGUCUUUUCAUGGGGUUCAUUAAAGAGAAUGAGCAUGAGAAUGAGAUUAUCACUACACUUGUCCUUUAAUUAUUUGGUGGUCACAUUAGCUAAUUGCAAAUCUCAUUUCAUGUUCAAUACCAAGGGCAGUAUGUUGGAGUAUGUUUGUUGAAUGUGUGGUUGUGUAUAAGUGAAUGCAAAAUGUGGAAAAUUGUAACAUAAAACUGAAACAUU